GCUUUUCAAAAAUAUGUGACCUUCAAUCGCGCCAGUAAAUGCGAAUGCAAUGUUGCAGUUUCUCAGAGGUUCAGAUACGAAGGGGACACUCCAACCGCAGGCUUGUCGCUCAUGAUCCGCGGGGUCGGCCAACGUCAAGGCAAUAGGCAGCGCAAUCGGGCCUUGGCGGUCAUUACACUCUGAUGGCUAUACGAUAGAAGGGGCCUUUUUCAUCUGCCCUUCUCGAAAAAGAAAUGAAACGAUUAAGGUCAUCUUAUUUUCUGGAAGUUCAAUUGCCAAAGUACUUUUCAUAGUCGGAAACAAAGCGGUGAAGACAACUCACCGUGCGGGGUUCCAGGCAGGCGCUCGGUUUGCGUACACCCGACGCCGUGCCUUCCUCUGGCGUGUAAGUGAAGGGCGUUUGUCUCCACGCCUUAGCAUCGACAUCACAACUUCAUCAUUCAUCAAAUCAACUUAUCAUCCAGCUCGGACCAUCUAGACUUCAUCAUCAGAACAAGUCACAGAUUAACUCAUCAGCACCAAAUCGAUCCCCAAUAAUACCAACCACACACCCGCCAACAUGCCCACAGAAGGAGUCUACUACACCCCCAACGGCAAAAAAACCGUCAUUCCCCUCGAAAACAACCCUGAUGUCUUCACCUCCCUCAUCCACGACCUAGGCAUCUCCCCCAAACUAGGCUUCUUCGACGUCUACAGCCUCGACGAGCCCUCCCUCCUCUCCCUCGUGCCCCGCCCCGCGCUCGCGCUGAUUUUCAUCUCCCCGGCGCCAAUGUACUACGCCGUCCGUUCCGCCGACGGCACGAAGCUCGCAAAGGAAGACGGGGUGACGUAUGCUGGAUCUGGGCCGGAGGAGCCUGUGAUUUGGUUUCGGCAGACGAUUGGGAAUGCGUGUGGGUUGUAUGCUCUCAUUCACGCUGUGGGUAACGGGCCUGCGAGGGAGUUUGUGCAGGAGGGCUCGUUGAUUGAGAGUUUGCUCAAAGAGGCGGAGCCGUUGAAUUGGGAGGAGCGGGCUGAUGUGCUGUAUAAUAGCAUCCCGCUUGAGGAGGCGCAUAUGGAGGCUGCGAGGAGGGGAGAUACGGCGGCGCCGCCUGCGGAGGAGAAGCCUGGGUACCAUUUCAUUGCCUUUGUGAAGGGGAAGGAUGGGCAUUUGUGGGAGUUGGAGGGCGGGUCGGAUGGGCCUGUUGAUCGGGGGUUGUUGGAGGAGGGGGAGGAUAUGUUGAGUGAGGGGGCGCUGGAGAGGGGGGUGAAGAGGUUUAUUGGGUUUGCGGAUGGGAAUUUGGAGUUCAGUAUUGUUGCUUUGGCGAAGAAAGAGGAGUGAGGUUUUUGGUGUUGGGGAUUGAACUGUGUGAUGUGUGAUGCGUGGCAUGGGGAUUGGCGUUAUUUGCUUUAGGGAACUCUAGAUUGUAGGGGGAUUGGGAUUCGGUAUGCAUAGCUCAGGGAAUACAUUCGUUUGCGUUGAAUUGAUGUAAACAUCCUCUCUUGCUCUUCGUCUAGUCACUUGUAUCAAUGAUUUUCCAGGGAUG